CACUCGAAGUGUCAGAUCGAACUUUUCUUGUUGAUUGUCGCAGAUAAUUUUGGUGAUUAUUUAAUAAACGGUAAAUUCUUUCAAGUUUUGUGACUCAAAUUAAAAGUAUAUUAAACAGUGAAAUGAUUCUUUCCAAAAGUACUAUAUGGGUUUUGUGUGUAUUGUUGUUGGUGUCUAUAUUUAUGGCAAAUUUAUUGAACAUUAUUGCUACGGAUCAUAAUUUCUAUAUUGAAAAUGAAAAUGAAGGAAUAAAUUUUACUAAAUAUUUAGGUGAAAAGUAUGUCAAAAUCACAGAUACUACUAAGAACGUUAUUUGGUUUCUCCAGAUUUCAGAUAUACAUAUCAGUAUUUUUCGUGAUCCUGGUCGAAUCUCUCAGUUUCAACAGUUUUGUGAUAACACAGUGAAGACAAUAAAUCCUGCUGUAGUGUUGGCUACAGGGGACCUGACUGAUGCUAAAGCUAAAGAUAAUCUGGGUAGUUCCCAAGUGAAAACUGAGUGGGUUUACUAUCACAACAUUAUAAAAGAGUCAGGAGUAACUGAUACUGCUGUCUGGUUAGACAUAAGAGGAAAUCAUGAUAAUUUUAACAUCAGGACAAUUAAUGCUCAGGAGAAUUACUUUAGAAACUACUCAGUACAAGGACAGACCCAUGCUAAAUCCUAUGUGCAUAUUGUAGAUCAUAAUGGCAUCAAAGUUGCAUUUUUGGGUGUUGAUGCCUGUCCAGACCCCGGGUUGAGAAGGCCAUUCAAUUUUAUUGGUCUCUUGGACUCAACAGAACAACAAAUUAUCCAAAAGCUAAAGAUUGAAGCAGAAACCAAAGCUGAUCAUAUUGUCUGGUUUGGGCAUUAUCCCACCUCAUGCAUAUUACCUCUGAAGAAUGAAUCCCCUUGGCUAGAUUUGCGUCAACUUAUUGGUAGUAGUCAUGGAUCACAUGUUUAUGUAUGUGGGCACUUACAUUCCAUGGGUGGACUUGUCCCGAGAAUGUAUACUAAACAGAAAAAAGGUUAUUUAGAACUUGAGCUGGGAGACUGGAAAGAUAACAGAAUGUACAGGCUGGCUGCUAUAGACCAUGGACACUUUUCAUUUGUUGAUCAAAAACAUAAUGUUUGGCCUCUCGUACUAGUCACAAACCCAAAGCAUGCCAAGUAUAUUAUGCCUGGCAGAGAACCUUUGCAUUUAGUUCCUGAAUCAACUCACAUAAGAAUACUAGCAUUUAGUGAUGUUGAUGUUAAAACUGUGGAAAUAACAUUUGAUCAAAUUAGUUGGAUGAACUGCAGGCUUACAAAACCUCCACUUUUUGUUUGUAAUUGGCUCCCUCACUUGUUUACAAAAGGUGUACAUCACAUGUUUGUGAAAGUCACUGAUGAGUUGGGGAGAGAGACUAAUGUAGACCACCCAUUCACUUUAGAUGGAAGUUUGAUGAAUUUCGAAAUUACAGCAAGAAUUUUACUUAUGUUGGAUGCUGGUGUAGUGUUUCAGGCAAUUUUCGGAACACUUCUACUGGUUAACGUUUUACCGUUAGUCGUUUUAAGAUUACAGAAAUAUCCACCUAGAUAUCGAAGGAAAUUUGGACGACAUGUAUUGAUACGAAUUUGGUUAUUGAGUAAAAUCGAUCGAAUAUUUUAUCCGAUUGUGUUGUAUGCGGUAUAUUUACCGUUUGGUCCAUGGGCCAUUGGAGAGCUUAUAGAUGGCCACAUUGGAGCCAUAUUUGCUUGGGGAAUAUUGAUAAAAGGCGCAUUCCUGCCAGAACCAUUUACAUAUAUGUAUGGAAGUGUGCAGCUGAUGUUUGUACAAAUACCUUUGAUAUUUGUAUUAGCCCAUUGUUUAGAUUAUCGUCUAUUUGGGCAGAACGUGAAAGGAAUAAGGCGACUGAUAAAGAAUUUACCAUUUGUGUUUUUGUUGUCAAUACAGUUGUUAUUGGCAUACUUCUUUUGGCUAGAAUAUGGAACUAUGUCUUUUAUUUUUGGACCACUAAGGACGUGGAGUAUUGCAUUAAGUAUACUUUUGUGGUAUAAGACACUGAAUUUGCCUCUAGAAUAUUGCAGAAACUUAAUAAAGCUGAACGACAUGCCGUCAUAGUAUUGUUACGCGGCGACACGGGGGCAAAUACAUUUGAUCAAAUUGUACAGCACCUAGAUAUGUGAUAUGAUUAUGAGUUGAAAGUAGUCGCUUUCCGAGUGGGCCAAGUAGACUUGGGCUUUUGAGGACGAUAUAAACGAACCUUGAUAUAAAUAAACAAAUAAUCUUAUUUCUUAGUCUAUAUAAUUAUAUUUUUCGAAAGAAGUCGUUGGCACCAAAGAUUUUCAAUGUCAAGUAAGUUAAUUAAGUAUUGAUAUGUGAAGAUUAUUGAUUAUUGGAUUAUUGACGAGACUGUUGCUUCAACACCUUAGUCUGGUUAAAGGAAUGACUCAAUUUGAUAUCAAAAGAUAGACAAUAAUUUGAAAUGCUAGUAUUUUCAGCGCAUUUAUAUCCCUUUUUAAAGUUCUACAAUUUAGUAGUAUCUAUUUAUUGUAAGUACCAAGAGAGGCAAAAACCAAUAUAUUAUUGUCUUUACUUCAAAUUAAAUUAUUAUUUUUAAGUUUUUUUUCCAAAACUUACGUUUGGAAGUAGC